AUGCGUCCCGAAAUUGAGCAGGAGUUGGCCCACACUCUGCUGGUUGAGCUACUGGCCUACCAGUUUGCCUCUCCAGUGAGAUGGAUUGAAACUCAAGAUGUCAUACUUGCAGAGAAACGCACAGAACGGAUUGUCGAAAUUGGUCCUGCGGAUACACUGGGUGGUAUGGCCAAACGGACUCUCGCCUCGAAAUAUGAAGCAUACGACGCCGCUACUUCCGUGCAACGCCAAAUACUCUGUUAUAAUAAGGAUGCAAAGGAGAUUUACUAUGAUGUCGACCCCGUGGAAGAGGAGGCCGAUACUCCGUCAGAAUCCACCGCUGCCACUCCGGUUCCCGCUGCUCCUGCCGCUGCCACUGCCGCACCAGCGGCAGUUGCUCCUUCGCCUAGUGCUGGACCUGCUGCGGCAAUUGAGGAUGCUCCUGUUACAGCGGUUGACGUUCUCAGGACAUUGGUGGCGCAGAAGCUCAAGAAGAGUUUGUCUGAUGUGCCUCUUAGCAAGGCCAUCAAAGAUCUCGUCGGAGGUAAAUCGACACUACAGAAUGAGAUCCUUGGAGAUCUGGGCAAAGAGUUUGGUUCCACACCCGAAAAGCCGGAAGAUACUCCCUUGGAUGAGUUAGGUGCAUCCAUGCAGGCCACAUUCAACGGUCAAUUGGGCAAACAAUCUUCUUCCCUCAUUGCCCGACUGGUAUCCUCGAAGAUGCCGGGAGGUUUCAAUAUUACCGCCGUACGUAAAUACCUGGAGACAAGAUGGGGCCUGGGCUCCGGCAGACAGGACGGUGUGCUCCUGCUUGCACUCACAAUGGAGCCGCCAUCUCGUAUCGGCUCGGAACCCGACGCCAAGGGUUACCUCGAUGAUGUAACGAACAAGUACGCUGCCAGUGCCGGUAUUAGUCUGUCGGCGCCUGCACCUGGAGGAGAUGGUGGUGCUGGCGCCGGUGGCAUGCUCAUGGAUCCCGCCGCCAUCGAUGCUCUGACGAAAGAUCAGCGUGCCCUGUUCAAGCAGCAGCUGGAGCUCAUCGCGCGUUACCUAAAGAUGGAUCUGCGCGCAGGUCAAAAGGCUUUCAUCAAUUCCCAGGAGACUCAAAAGACAUUGCAAGCGCAGCUAGAUCUUUGGCAGGCUGAACACGGCGAUUUCUAUGCUUCUGGCAUCGAGCCGGCGUUCGAUCCUCUCAAAGCCCGUGUUUACGAUUCCUCUUGGAACUGGGCCCGUCAGGAUGCUUUGAGCAUGUACUACGAUAUCAUCUUUGGAAGACUGAAGGUCGUGGACAGAGAGAUUGUGAGCCGCUGCAUUCGUAUCAUGAACCGGUCAAAUCCUCUCCUUCUUGAUUUCAUGCAGUAUCAUAUUGACAACUGCCCGACUGACCGUGGCGAAACGUACCAGCUAGCCAAAGAACUUGGUGAGCAACUCAUCGAAAACUGCAAGGAGGUUCUCGACGCUGCUCCUGUCUACAAGGAUGUUGCGGUUCCUACUGGACCUCAAACCACUGUUGAUGCCCGAGGAAAGGUUGGCUACAAGGAGGUGCCUCGUGCUAGCGCUCGUAAACUGGAGCAUUAUGUCAAACAGAUGGCUGAGGGAGGUCCCAUAUCAGAGUACAGUAACCGCGCCAAAGUGCAAGAUGAUCUACGCAGUGUCUAUAAGUUGAUUCGCCGACAGCACCGCCUAUCCAAGUCUUCGCAGCUACAGUUCAACGCUCUCUACAAAGAGGUCAUCCGCGCCUUGAGCAUGAACGAGAACCAGAUCAUACCGCAGGAAAAUGGCAACGGGAAGAAGACUGGCAGGAACAGUAUCAAGCGCAACGGUAGCCCUCGAGCCGGCAAGGUUGAGACCAUCCCGUUCUUGCAUUUGAAGAAGAAGAAUGAACAUGGCUGGGAUUACAACAAGAAGCUCACCGGCGUCUAUCUGGACGUCCUGGAGUCAGCAGCACGGUCAGGUCUGACAUUCCAAGGAAAGAAUGUUCUUAUGACUGGAGCUGGAGCUGGUUCCAUCGGUGCUGAGGUGCUGCAGGGCCUGAUUAGCGGUGGUGCUAAGGUGAUUGUCACAACAAGUCGAUUCUCUCGUGAGGUCACUGAGUACUAUCAAGCCAUGUACGCUCGCUAUGGUGCUCGUGGCUCCCAAUUAGUCGUUGUGCCGUUCAACCAAGGUAGUAAACAAGAUGUUGAAGCACUGGUCGACUACAUCUAUGACACUAAGAAGGGUCUCGGCUGGGAUCUCGAUUUUGUUGUGCCAUUUGCCGCCAUUCCAGAAAACGGUCGCGAAAUCGAUUCGAUCGACUCCAAAUCCGAGUUGGCCCAUCGCAUCAUGCUCACAAACCUGCUGCGCCUCCUUGGUAGCAUCAAAACGCAAAAACAGACCAACGGGUUCGAAACUCGCCCAGCACAGGUCAUCCUUCCCUUGUCUCCCAACCACGGCACAUUCGGAAAUGAUGGUCUGUAUUCGGAGUCGAAACUAGCCCUAGAGACCCUAUUCAAUCGCUGGUACUCAGAGAAUUGGAGCAAUUAUUUGACCAUCUGUGGUGCUGUGAUUGGCUGGACACGCGGUACAGGAUUAAUGAGUGGUAACAACAUGGUUGCCGAAGGCGUUGAGAAGCUCGGCGUCCGUACUUUCUCACAGCAAGAGAUGGCUUUCAACCUGCUUGGUCUCAUGGCUCCCGCUAUCGUUAACCUGUGCCAGCUUGACCCUGUUUGGGCUGAUCUCAAUGGUGGUCUUCAGUUCAUCCCCGAUCUCAAAGAUCUCAUGACGAGGCUCCGCACUGACAUUAUGGAGACUAGUGAUGUUCGUCAAGCUGUCAUCAAAGAAACCGCCAUCGAGAACAAAGUUGUCAAUGGUGAGGAUAGCGAGGUGCUUUACAAACGGGUGGUUGCCGAGCCCCGUGCCAACAUCAAGUUCCAAUUCCCGCACCUCCCAGAUUGGGAGAAGGAUGUUCAGCCACUCAAUGGCAAUCUGAAAGGCAUGGUCAAUCUUGACAAGGUGGUUGUUGUGACCGGAUUUUCAGAAGUUGGCCCUUGGGGUAACUCUCGUACUCGCUGGGAGAUGGAGGCCUAUGGAAAGUUCUCUCUCGAAGGCUGUGUUGAGAUGGCCUGGAUCAUGGGUCUAAUCAAGCACCACAACGGUCCUCUCAAGGGUAAGGCUUAUUCUGGCUGGGUUGACGCGAAGACUGGCGAGCCUGUGGACGACAAGGACGUCAAGCCGAAGUACGAAAAGCAUAUUCUCGAGCACUCGGGCAUCCGGUUGAUUGAGCCUGAGCUGUUCAAGGGCUAUGACCCUAAGAAGAAGCAACUUCUCCAAGAAAUCGUCAUCCAAGAGGAUCUCGAUCCCUUUGAAGCGUCGAAGGAAACCGCCGAAGAAUUCAAGCGCGAGCAUGGCGACAAGGUUGAAAUUUUUGAAUUGCCUGAAUCGGGAGAGUACACUGUGCGUCUCAAGAAGGGGGCCACUUUGCUUAUCCCUAAGGCCCUGCAAUUUGAUCGUCUCGUUGCUGGCCAGAUUCCCACAGGCUGGGAUGCCAAGCGCUAUGGUAUUCCCGACGACAUCAUCGAGCAAGUUGAUCCCGUAACAUUGUUUGUUCUCGUUUGUACUGCGGAAGCUAUGCUUUCUGCUGGUGUCACCGACCCCUAUGAGUUCUACAAGUAUGUUCACUUGUCUGAGGUUGGUAACUGCAUCGGUUCCGGUAUCGGAGGUACUCAUGCGUUACGAGGCAUGUAUAAAGAUCGGUACUUGGACAAGCCUCUUCAGAAAGAUAUUCUUCAGGAAUCUUUCAUCAAUACCAUGAGCGCUUGGGUCAACAUGCUUCUAUUGUCUUCUACGGGUCCAAUCAAGACUCCUGUCGGCGCCUGUGCCACGGCAGUCGAGUCGGUUGAUAUCGGUUAUGAGACAAUCGUGGAGGGCAAAGCUCGCGUCUGCUUUGUGGGUGGUUUUGACGAUUUCCAAGAAGAAGGAUCAUAUGAAUUUGCAAAUAUGAAGGCCACCAGUAACGCGGAGGAUGAAUUCGCCCACGGCCGAACCCCGCAAGAGAUGUCGCGUCCCACCACCACCACUCGUGCGGGCUUCAUGGAAUCCCAGGGAUGUGGUAUGCAACUCAUCAUGAGUGCCCAGCUAGCUUUGGAUAUGGGCGUGCCAAUCUAUGGUAUCAUCGCCCUGACGACGACCGCUACGGACAAGAUUGGACGAUCGGUGCCCGCUCCCGGCCAAGGUGUUCUCACCACCGCGCGAGAGAACCCGGGCAAAUUUCCUUCCCCGUUGUUGGAUAUCAAAUAUCGUCAGCGCCAGCUUGAACUGCGUAAGAAGCAAAUUAAAGAGUGGCAAGAAUCAGAGCUGCUCUACCUUCAGGAGGAGGUGGAAGCCAUGAAGUCCCAGAGCUCCGAGGCAUUCGACGAGUCGGAGUAUCUACAGGAGCGGGCCCGCCACAUCGAGCGAGAAGCUGUCCGACAGGAGAAGGACGCUCAAUUCAGUCUUGGCAACAAUUUCUGGAAGCAAGAUCCUCGAAUCGCUCCUCUUCGCGGCGCCCUUGCUACCUGGGGCCUCACUGUGGACGAUAUUGGUGUCGCAUCCUUCCACGGUACCUCUACCGUCGCUAAUGACAAGAAUGAAUCCGAUGUUAUCUGUCAGCAGAUGAAGCAUCUGGGUCGUAAGAAGGGUAAUGCGCUUCUGGGCAUUUUUCAGAAGUAUCUUACUGGUCAUCCCAAGGGCGCUGCUGGUGCUUGGAUGUUCAACGGCUGUCUGCAGGUCCUCGAUAGUGGUUUGGUUCCAGGCAACCGCAAUGCUGAUAACGUGGACAAGGUCAUGGAAAAGUUCGAUUAUAUCGUCUAUCCUAGCCGCAGCAUUCAGACGGAUGGAAUCAAUGCUUUCUCAGUAACGUCGUUCGGUUUUGGUCAAAAGGGCGCCCAGGUCAUUGGAAUCCACCCCAAGUAUCUUUACGCAACCCUGGAUCGGGCACAGUUUCAAAACUACAAGGUCAAGGUUGAAGCUAGACAGAAGAAGGCUUACCGUUACUUCCACAACGGCCUCAUCAACAAUAGCAUCUUCGUUGCGAAAGAUAAGGCUCCCUAUGAGGAUGCUCAGCAAAGCAAGAUCUUCCUCAAUCCUGAUUACCGCGUCGCUGUGGAUAAGAAAACGUCCGAGCUCAAAUUUCCGGAAGUGCCCCCGAAGGCUAGUGAUGUCGACGCAACUGAGAGCACGCGAUCAAUGAUUGAGUCUCUCGCGAAAGCUAACGCCACCCAGGACUCGAAGGUUGGUGUUGACGUGGAGAACAUUGAGAGUUUCAACAUCGAUAAUGAGACCUUUAUCGAGCGAAAUUUCACUGCCAGCGAGCAGGAGUAUUGUCUAAAGGCACCAUCUCCACGCGCAUCCUUUGCGGGUCGUUGGAGUGCGAAAGAGGCGGUUUUCAAGUCCCUGGGCGUAAGUAGUAAGGGUGCUGGUUCCCCCCUGAAGGACAUUGAAAUCGCUACCGAUUCAACGGGUGCGCCUGUUGUUCAUCUUCAUGGUGUCGCCGCUGAGGCUGCCGAGCAGGCUGGCGUCAAGCAAGUUAAUGUCAGCAUCAGCCACAGUGAUACGCAGGCCGUGGCGGUUGCCGUGUCGAAAUUCUGA